UGCGCAUUAACAAUGUUCUUGUCCGUGUGUUUUUUUUACUGAUAUUUUGUUUACUGUAUAUUGCAGUGAUGGAGUAUGGGAACACGAAGUAGUAGCAGUGCAGGAGGUGGGGAAACUCCGGGAGAUUCUCCAGAAGACUCCCAAAACAACCUAGAGUCACGUGGUCUUCAGAAUGAUGAUGAUGAGGAGAACGUUGACCUGGCGCAGGGGACAAGUGCGAUUAGUGCAGGGAGGGGGUCCUGCUAGCUUACACCUGGUGCAAUCUUUGUCGGACUCAGAUGAUGAUAACGACAGUGCCUGGGAGGGCUGCUUAGGAGACCGCUACAUUCCUCCUGUUGAUUCAGCCCCAGACACCACAUCGCUGGAUCAAAAUCAGAUCAGGACACAGACACUUUUGGCCACAGGAAGACAAAGCACACAAAGACAACAUAACAUCACACGUCUCCUAUUGGAGAGAGAGCGGGCAGGAUGUGGAUUUACUAUGGGAGAGCGUUGUCGUGUAACAUCUCAUUUCCUCCCGAAUCAUGUAUGUGCCACAGACUCAUACUCCCAGAAGGCUUUCUGUGGGGUGUAUUCCCCCAAUGGAUCUGUCUUUAUGUCAGCAUGUCAGGAUCAAAACAUCCGCUUAUAUGAUUGUAGAAAUGGUGCCUUUAAGAAAUUUCGCACUGUUAAGGCUCGGGAUGUUGGCUGGAGUGUCUUGGAUGUGGCAUUUACCCCGGAUGGAGGACAUUUUCUGUACUCCAGCUGGUCAGACUACAUUCAUAUCUGUAAUAUAUAUGGAGAUACUGAAUCGCACACUGCCCUGGAUCUGAGCCCCUCAGAGCGUCGUUUUGCUGUUUUUUCUCUCACUGUAUCUUCUGAUGGACGAGAAAUUCUGGGAGGGGCCAAUGAUAGAUGUGUUUAUGUGUACGACCGUGAGCAGAAUGUUCGAACGCUCAAGAUUGUUUCCCAUGAGGACGAUGUGAAUGCUGUCUCCUUUGCUGAUGACAGUUGCCAUAUAGUCUACUCAGGGGGCGAUGAUGCGUUAUGUAAAGUGUGGGACCGCCGAACCAUGCGAGAAGAUGAUCCCAAACCAGUGGGGAUAUUAGCUGGACAUCAAGAUGGCAUCACUUUCAUACAUAGCAAGGGGGAUGCUCGUUACUUACUAUCCAACUCAAAAGAUCAGAGUAUAAAGCUUUGGGAUAUCAGGAGAUUUUCAGGGCCAGAAGGACUUGAGGCCUCACGAAGGGCAGUUACUCAGCAGAACUGGGACUACCGCUGGCAGCAGGUUCCCAAGAGAGCUCUCAGGAAGAAACGUUUGCCAGGAGACACUUCCCUAAUGACAUACCGGGGGCAUGGUGUCCUACAUACACUGAUUCGUUGUCGCUUCUCUCCUGCAUACACCACUGGCCAGCAGUUUGUGUACAGUGGCUGUUCCACAGGUCGAGUUGUAGUUUAUGAUUUGUUAACGGGUCAGAUAGUGAAGAAACUGACAAAUCACAAAGCAUGCGUGAGAGAUGUUAGCUGGCAUCCAUGUGAGAACAAGCUUGUCAGCAGCUCUUGGGACGGAAACCUCCGUGUCUGGGAACAUCGCCAGGCUGAGUUUUACCCAGAAGAUCUGCGUACCCCGCCAUUGGAAUCUUGCUGAUAGCUUAUACUCGUGGUAGCCCACAAUACUAGCUACACAAGUGUGUCAUGACAGUGAUGUAUUUGUGUGCACUAGAAGAGAGAGGACUGGAUACAGUGUGUAGGGAAAAAAAUGUGAGGUGCUAAAUAUCUCUGUGUGAACAAAUUUCUUAUAUAUACACUCAUAAUUGAACCAAGGAAAGUAGUGGACACCAUUUCAAUUCUGCCUGUUUUGCCACAACAUAUGCAAAUCUCAGAGUGCUAAUUUCAGAAUUCACUUUAAAUAUAUGUUUAAUUUUAGUGGAGAAGAAUGUUAGAUAUGUACAUUUUAAGACGUGCAAUUACUUGGCAUGACUUCUGUGCGGCAUGUGUUUACAUGCACUUUGUGUUUGUAAAACAGCAUGGGGUGAAUGACUGAUAAAAAGAUAUUUUGAUGUGCUAACAGAUGAAUGCAGGGCUGUUACAUGUUAAGAAGAGGAAAGACAUGGGGGAUGUUAAUAAUUAGUGAUAUAUAAUAUGGGGGCGGGGUUACUGUGUUUCUGAUUGCUUAUAGGCUUCUGUAAUAAACCUUUCUCAAACAUUCA